CAUAGUUAACUACAGUUCAUUUAGUACUUUUUCAUCUAUUGCACAAAAGUAAAAUCCUUUUAGAGUGAUAUGGAUAUAGCAAAAGAAUUAAUAUUAAGUUUGAAACAAAAUAAUAAAUCACAUGCAGGAUAUGGCUUGCAAAAAGAAAGUGAAGCUCUCAUUGGUCAUAUUUUACAAAAUAUGAUAAAAUCCCAGUUACCAGAAUUAAUUCCUGAAGUGAAAAAUGAAGAAGAUUCUAUUCACUAUAGAGAGGAAGGAAAUCAACAUUUUGUAAUGGGUGAUGAUAAUGAAGCUAUAAAAUAUUAUACAAUGAGUUUGGCAUAUGCAAAUAAUAAUGACCUUAUGUCGUAUGCUUAUGCUAAUCGGUCUGCUGCUUUGUACAGAAAACAAAUGUUUAAGGAAUGCUUAAUAGAUAUUGAUGCUGCUUUAAGUUUUGGAUAUCCAGAAGAAAAAAGAGAAAAAUUAAAAGAACGAGGAGCUAAGGCUAUUGAAGAAAUUAAAAAACAAUUACAGUUUACAAAAAAUGAUCACAUUGAUACAGAAGAAUUCAUGAAUAUGUGUUUAUCAAAAAAAAAAGAUGAUGUACCUACAGUUGUAAGGUAUAAAAAUGGAGGAGUGAAACUUUCAAACAGCAUAAAUAAGAAUUUUAAUGAAAAGACAGAUUCAAAUAAUUGCAUUGAAAUACCUAAAGAUAAUGAUGAAGAAAAGCAGCCAAGAUAUUUAGCAGAUGAAGGUCCUCUAGAGUUAGCUAAUGGUCCUAGUAAAGAGGCUCCUGCUGUUAGUGAUGGAAUCAAUAUUUCCUUUUCUACAAAAUAUGGACGUCAUUUAAUAGCUACAAAAGAAUUUAAACCAGGAGAUAUAGUUACUAUUGAAAAUCCAUAUGCAUACGUUAUUUAUACACAAAGAUAUUAUACACAUUGUCAUCACUGUUUAUCAAAAAGUUAUAAUUUAAUUCCUUGUCCAUAUUGCCCUGUGGCCCAAUACUGUUCAGAAAAGUGUAGAAAAUUAGCUUGGGAAAUGGCUCAUCAAAUAGAAUGUCCCAUUAUGGCAUUAAUAGAAAACUUACUUAAUGUUGAUAAGGAUAAGAUACGAAUGCUUACCAAAAUUAUUAGGUUUUUGAUUGUAGUAACAGCAAAGGAUGAAGGCAUGCUGGAUAGUACUAGUGCACGAUCUGCUUUGAGUCUUGCUACCAAUAUGACAACGAGACCACUCAUUGGAAUCAGUGCUUUUGCUUGCAUCUCGGCUCUUGCAGUUAUCCUCUUAGCCACGCAGACUAAUUUCUUCUGUAAUAAAUAUGAAGUGGACCAAUUAAAAGAUAUUAGCAAUUAUCCAGAUAUCAAAUUCUGUGGCAGCCUUAUGUUUCGUGCCUGUGUUAUAAUGUCUUCUAAUUGUUUUUCAGUGCAACAAGAGCCAGGUGUUAAAACAGGUUCAGGAUUAUAUGUAACACAUAGCUUAUAUAAUCAUUCUUGUGCACCAAAUACAUUUCGUCAUUUUGAGGGAUUGACAAUGAUUACUCGCGCUCUAAAACCAAUAUAUCCUGGAGAUCAAAUAUUCACAAGUUAUGGAGCUGCAUAUGCAUAUACGACAAAAUCUGAAAGAAGAGAAAAAAUAAUGCAAGACUAUUUCUUUGAAUGCGAUUGCAUCGCGUGUACAUUUGACUGGCCUUCAUAUAAUGAAAUUUUAAAAAAUCACAUCGGUUCUAUUAGCAAGAACAAAGAACUUGUUGAAAAAUUGAAACCUUAUAAACAAAGAUUGGUCAAAAAUAUAUAUGACAUUAAUGCAGUAAAAUCAGUUCUUAGUAUAUUAUAUAUGGAGGUAUCCCAGCCAUGUGAAGAAAUCGUACAUGCGGAACAAUACCUGAAGAGUUAUUAUUUAGGUAAAUUUAAGUAAAUUUAGAGUGAAUUUGCUUAUAUUGAUUUAAAUUUAUAGCUAUGCUUACCUGCGAGUUCUUAACACCAUGCUUACUUACAU